CGGUGGCCAUGAAGGCGGCGAGCGGCGAGCAGGCGGCGGAGGAGGCCGAGGAGACGGGCAGCGAUGACCGCGGCGAGGCGGCGAGAGGCGGGCAGCCCUGGAAGAAAUUUGUGUAUGUUGAGCCAUCUAGGAGAGUUAAAGAAAUCCUUCAAGAAGAGCUUUAUUUUCAGAAAGAAGAAUACCACAUUAAACAUCCAGCUGCAGUGGCUCUGGAAGGAAUUUGGAGUCUGAAAAAGAAUUUCUCCAUUGGAGGCCUAAAACCAGCACUGCAGAACAGAAAUGGUUUACUCUUACAGCCUCAGUUCUACUCAAGGCAUGCAGGAAUGAAAAGUAAGAGCCAACAAUAAGAAACUUUCGCUAUAACACCUCACUUUAAAGUUGCAGGAUAAUACUAUUUUGUAAUUCAAAGAUAUCUCACUGGACUGCAUAUCUGUUUUGCUCAAUGUUAUUUUUCCAUGAAAUGACCUAUAUGGCCUUAGAGUAAUCACAGCUGGGCAUCUUCCUGCAGGGCUAACCCACCUUUAUUAAGUAGCCAACAGACUUGAAAUCUUUGCAUAAGAAACCUAUUUAGGAUUGCUGUGUUGACUCACCUUGUUUAAUAUUCUGAAACCUUCUGUGAAUGUGGGGAAUAAUCGCUUCUUUCCUAUGAACGAGUGGUGAGUGUUGGUUACAUGUAGGUAAUGAGCCUUACUUCCCCUUCACAUUCAGCCUUAAUCAAUUCAAAUGCUUGGAAAAGCCCUUCUCCAUCAUGUCUCCUGAAAGGAGAUUGAUCUAGGUACCAUUUUAGGCAUUUUCACAUUUGCCUGCUUUUGCAUAGCAAAUUGCCAUUUGCAGUUGGUGCUCUGGGGCACAUAUUUCUUCCUUUGCAGUCGCUGGAAUGUGGCUUUUGUGGAAUGGACCUGUACCCUAUGAGCUGGUAGUUUUCAGCUGUCUUCUCAAUGCGUCCAUCUUCUCUUUUUUGCUGGAAUGUGUUAACUUUGUAGUAGGAAGUGAGAGCUUCCAACCCUGAGGAAGCAGAGUUCGUCAGCUUUAUAAGAAUAUUAUUAGUGCCAUAAGGUUGCAGAAUAUACGAACUCAGCGUAUUGGCAAUUAGAUGAAGCUACUUGUCAUGUUCUCAGGGGCUAGUAGUUUAAAAAUACAGCUAGCUGCAUGAGUUUUAUAUCAGCACCUCUUUCUUGCUCUCUUGAUCUGAGCUCUGGAGAUACUGGCACCUUAAAAAUUAGCUGCUUUUGCCCAUAAAUGAUUGACUAGCACAAAUUAGUCUUCCAAAUCUGUUUUGAUGUGUCAAACAUUAAAAUGACCGUGUAUGGAAAUGUAGACCUGUAUUUAUAAGAUUUUGAAGUUCUGGUUGGAUAGGGAAUUAUUUUCUCUUUAUAGUUGUUUCUAUUCACAUAGCUUCACACUGCUUUUUCACCUGUUGUAGUUGCCAAAUCUGAGCCGUAUUUCCGUUAGUGAAGGUGUCAUGAUCCAAAAACUACAGAAUGUUUCUGAUGACAAGAAGGUACUACUGUGAAAUUUGAC